AUGCAUCAUCAUCAGGAGAUAGUCAACAGUGCUCUGGGGGCAAACAGACAUUACAUGAUUACACUUCUCAUCGUGCAUACCGUAGACAUGUACCAGACGAGUCUGCUCCUAGUCGUAGAGAAGCUGGAGCUCCAUCACAUGAGUCCACUCCUAUUAGUUGAGGAGGCUCCGGAUCUACAAUACAUGAGUCGCCUCCUAUUUGUCAUGGAGGCACUAGACUUGAGCUACAUGAUUCUCCUCCUACUAGUCAUGGAGGUGGUAGACCUAUAUUUAAUGGAGGUCGCGUUUGGGAGAUCUUAUGUGGUGCAGGCAAUUAGGAGGCUGAUAGAUCAAUAUAUAGAUGGUCCUUGGAUAAGUUUCGAAGAAAUACCCAAAGAAGUGAUCGAACAAAUUUGGGUGAAAUUCAAGGAUCAAAGACAGGAUGAGAAAAUCAAGACAAACUAUAAGUUUGUCAUUCAGGAGCGACACAGAGACAUCAUGAAUACAUAUAGGGAAAGAUCAACAAAGAUGGCCAUAACUACCAAACAUGAUAUCUCAAUGGAAGGGAUUGACUUUGAUAUCAUGCUGGAUUUUAUACCUCGCGGGAUGCAAUCUCAGAGGUGGGAGGAUUUGUGCACGGAAUGGAACACGGAUGUGUGGCUAAAAAGAUCUAUGAGCGGGAAGAGUAAUCGCAAUACCACCAAUAGUGGUGGGAACAUAUCGAGACAUACUAUGGGCAGUAUUAGUUAUGAUGAGCACCGAAUUAGACUAACAACAAAUUUGGAACGACCACCCACAUUUUUGGAGUUGUUCUUGUUUACUCGUCUAGAUAAAGCUUCAAAGAAGAAGUAUUUUGCUGGAGAUGUUGAGGGAAAGAAGUUUUGUACCGAGAGAGCAAGGGAACCAUAUGAGGCAUACUCUCGACCCUUUCUUGAGAAGUAUGGGGAUGAUUUGCGUGAUCACCCGAUCGAUGAUGCUGAACUGUGGGCAAAAACCCAAAGGGAGAUAAGUGGUGCAUCGAGGAGCAGUUAUAUCUAUGGGAUUGGAUCCUUGGGUAUAGACUUUUUGUUCAAUGGGAAAUCAUCUAGUGCUGCGGGUGUUUGUCAUCCUCUUGUGAUUCUCAACAAGAGUCACUAA